UCUCAUUGAGAAAUGUCCGUCACAUUUUCCGGAGGGUGGAAACUUGGAAACCCAACAACAGAAAAACAAAACGAUUGGGGGAGAGAGAGGAGAGAGAAAAAUCACAACCUCAUCAAACCAAAACCAAAAAAAAAACAAUGGCGGUUUCUAGUUGCGCUAGGGUUUUUCCCCCAUUCGAGUGCCGCGCUGAGCCAGAAUUCUCCGCCAAUCUGAAGCCGGAGAUCCCUUCCUCCGGCGCCAGAAAAAGCAGCCGGACUUCUUUCUCCAGCACCGGCGGAACCUCACUCUGCGGUGCGCGCAGUCUUUCCUCGCUGAUCUUGCGAUUUCCUCCGAACUUUGUUCGACAGCUGAGCACCAAAGCUCGCCGCAACUGCAGCAACAUCGGUGUGGCGCAAGUUGUGGCUGCUUCAUGGUCGAACAACAUCGCCGGAGUUCCGGCGGCUACUGCCGUCGACGCCGCUGCAAUCGCCGCCGUUGAUGCUCCCGUUGAUGUCGUCGACGGCGGCGCUCCGGUUGUGGCGGAUGAAGUAGUUGGUGGUGAUUGUAAAACUAACAGUUCUGGUGGUGUAGAGUUUUCUUCUUAUGAUUUUUUGAGCUCCGAUGGGAGCCUUGCUAUUCAUGCUGGUGAAAGAUUAGGUCGUGGCAUAGAUACUGAUGCGAUUACGACUCCAGUUGUUAAUACUUCUGCGUACUUCUUUAAGAAAACUGCAGACCUGCUUGAUUUUAAGGAGGGACGUCAGACAAGCUUUGAGUAUGGCCGGUAUGGCAAUCCUACGUCAGAGGUUUUGGAGGAGAAGAUCAGUGCACUUGAAGGAGCUGAAUCAACAAUGUUAUUGGCAUCUGGAAUGUGUGCAAGUAUCGUUAUGAUGUUGGCUUUGGUUCCUGCCGGUGGUCAUAUUGUGACUACUACUGAUUGCUACCGCAAGACGAGAAUGUUUAUUGAGAACUUCCUUCCUAAAAUGGGGAUCAAGGCUACGGUCAUUGACCCUGCUGAUGUUGAAGGACUGAAGUCCGCUCUGGAUGAGAAUUCUGUGACUCUUUUCUUCACAGAGUCUCCAACGAAUCCAUUUCUUAGAUGUGUUGACAUUAAGCUGGUGUCGCAACUUUGUCAUGAUAAAGGAGCUUUGGUCUGCAUAGAUGGAACAUUUGCGAGCCCGCUUAACCAGAAGGCACUGGCACUGGGAGCUGAUCUUAUUGUGCAUUCUAUGACAAAAUUCAUUGGCGGACACAAUGAUGUUCUUGGUGGUUGCAUCAGUGGUUCGAAAAAAUUGAUAUCCGAGAUUCGCAAUAUGCAUCAUGUUCUUGGCGGCACCCUUAAUCCGAAUGCCGCAUACCUGAUCAUUCGUGGCAUGAAGACCCUGCAUCUUCGUGUACAGCAACAGAAUACAACAGCAUUGAGGAUGGCCGAAGUUUUAGAGGCACAUCCUAAGAUAAAGUGCGUUUACUAUCCAGGCCUUCCAAGUCAUCCUGAACAUGAGCUGGCUAAGAGGCAAAUGACUGGCUUUGGUGGAGUGGUUAGCUUUGAGAUUGAUGGAGAUCUGAUGACCACUAUCAAAUUUGUUGAUGCCUUGAAGAUCGCUUAUAUUGCUCCGUCUUUUGGAGGCUGUGAAAGUAUUGUGGAUCAGCCUGCAAUCAUGUCUUACUGGGAUCUUAGUCCAUCGGAGAGGCUCAAGUAUGGUAUCACGGACAACUUGAUUCGAUUCAGUUUUGGAGUUGAGGACUUUGAGGAUUUGAAGGCUGAUAUUCUUCAGGCUCUGGAGGCCAUAUAAGGCGCGCUAUCUUGUUUCUGUUGGUUUGUUCUUAAGACGUUUUGUAUCCCCCUAAACAUGUUUCAUCGCUGUUGGUGGUUCACUUAAAUGAUCCCCAGUUAUCCUGGUGUAUUUGUGGAGCGCUUUCUAGUUCCAUUUGAAAUCGGUUCCUUUUGUUCGUA